AUGAGCAAAUCAUAUUCAGAUGGGUAUUCUUCACUUCGUGAUGAUGUUCGAACAUUCAUCAUCGAUUUGCAUAUCCACAUACAAGAACAAAAUGUUGUGGAGAUUGAGAAGGACACUCAGGUGAAGUUUCCUAAAUUGACAGAGCAGUAUUUCAUGACCACCAGAUGGCCAAAUUUGGAUAUUAUUAAACAGAUUGUUGAUGACCCACUUUUUCUCAUGCUGUACAACGAACUUUACUAUCGACACAUAUACGCUCAUAUGAGCAGUAGUUUGACAGUUGAAGAUAGGAUUCAGUCAUACCUAAACUAUGUCUCUUUAUUUAACGCUCUCCUGGUUGCUGAACGACCAGUCAAUUUGGUUCUUCCUAAUCAAUGGUUGUGGGAAAUUAUAGACGAAUUUCUUUAUCAGUUUCAAAAUGUUUUGAAUGUUCUGUUCUCUCUGGUUGCCAAAUCAAAUAUAAAUGAGCUACUAAGCUAUUAUGCUAAGCAAGGCGAUCCGGAUGACAUUGCAGACGAGUUUGGUCGUUGCGUACUUUAUAAAAUGCUCGGAUUCUUCAGUCUUAUUGGACUUUGUCGAUUACACUGUUUAUUGGGUGAUUAUUAUACAGCCAUUAAAGUUUUGGAGAAUAUUAAAUUUAAUCGUCUUGAAAUGUAUCAUGAAGUACCUACUUGUCAUAUUACAACUGGUUACUAUGUUGGAUUUUCUUUCAUGAUGAUGCGCUCGUAUCACAAUGCUGUAUCUACAUUACUGGCUACCUUAUCAUAUAAAUCACGUGCAAUAGGUCUCAUAUCCCAACGCGCUGAUUUAAAAGAAUAUGUUAAUAAACAAGCAGAUCAAAUGAUGUCUCUACUAGCUAUCUGUAUAACUAUGAUUCCCACUUCGUUUGAUUACAAUGUUGAUUUGGAUAGACGAGAGAAAUUCACGGAGACGCUUAAUCGAUUACAACAGUUAGAUGAAGUUGAAUUUGCCAGUUCAUUUGAUCUUGGUUGUCCAAAAUUUAUUUCACCGGAAACUCCGUAUUACGCCAAAGCUUUACCAAUAACUGAUGCAAUUUCUCCUUUGGAACCACAACGUCAACAAACUGAUUUAUUCAAAACAGAAAUUGUUCAACAAAUUGAACUAUUACGUCUUCGUUCAUAUCUUAAACUUUAUACAAAUAUUUCUUCAUCAAAAUUGGCUAAUUUUAUGAAUAUGAAGUUAAACAAAUGUACAUUAGUUAAAUGUGAAAUACCAGAGAAAAAAAACUUUCUUUCUGUAUCAGUUUCGGAAUAUUCGUCUAUUUCUGGUAUAUUGACUACAACUAGUGGUAUUGAAAUUUCCUCAGAUAAUACUACAACAUCUUAUAUAACUACUUCUUCCAUUUCGACAUUGAAAUCUGAUGAUAUUUUCUCAUCAUCUUCUAGUCCUCCUGACUUAGUGACCAACAUUUCCACUGGCUUGUCAACAACUACCGCCACAACUGAGUCCGUUUUUAUUGGUAGAGUGCUUACACAGUUUAAUGUAAAAAGUGUUUUGUACAAACCAGACAGUGCAGGAGUAAUUCCAUGGUCUGAUGAUUAUAACAAUGUUCAAUCGAAGCUUUAUAUUGAUUUAUCUGCGAUAUUCUGUAAUCUGAUUAUAAGCAGUUUGUUGAAUGCAAAUACACCAAUAUUUCAAGGUGCCAGAUGUACAACAGUCAUUUUUAUACGAGUUACCAUAAUUAUUCGAGGUAAACGACAAAUUGUCAGUGCUGUAACCAACAGUACAUCGACAGAUGGUGUACAAGGUAGUGCAAAUGUUGAAUUACAAACAUUAACCGGUUCACAAUUGAGUCAAGAACACUUUACUGAAUUGUUAACUACUGGUUAUAAUCAAAUUAAUAAAACAUCUGGUGCAUUAUUAAAUAAUUUAGAAUCAACACGUAUUUCUCCAGUGAUUACUUGUUCAAAUACUCAAUUAGUUUGUGGUCAACAUGCAUCAUGUCGAAAUACUGCUAAUGGUGUAACAUGUACAUGUGAUCCAAUGUGGAAAGAUGUGAAUCCAUCUGAUCCUGGGAAAGAGUGUUCAUUACAUCCUGGAACUAUUGCAUUAAUUGUAUUCGCUGGUAUAUUACUAAUUCUAGCAAUUAUUGCCAUUAUUUAUUUUAUUAUUAAAACAAAUCAAGUGAAAAAAAUUAAACUAAAAACCAAUACAACACAAUCUUCCAUUGAAUUGCGUUGA